AGAGGAUGUAACGACGUUGUUGAUUCAUGUUUCCAAACAUUGAGUGAACUAAGCACAAGUUCUUUCACUGACCUUGGUAGCAGUUGUAUGACAUAAUUUUAAUUUUUGGGAAUCAAAUUAACGCGGCGAUUUAUCUAUAUAGUCUUAUUUCGAAAUUUAGUUUGUUACAUUACUGGUUUUGGAUGUACAAUUCUACCUGAUAAUAAGCCUUGGAAGGAGCUAUUAGAUUGUGAAGUAACAUUUGUUUCAAUUUUCUCAUGGGCUUUAUCGAUGAUGAAUUACAAGAGGUAUCAAAACUUUGUCAAAAUGUCGUUGAUGGUAGUCGUCUUGUUUCCUGUGUUCGCACCAUGGUGCGAGUGGAAAUAACGAAAACAAGGUGCAAAACUAUUAUCGUGUGCAUUCAGUUCUCAAAAGACUAUCCUUAUACUCCACUUUUAAUUGAAUUAAAAAGCAAAACUUUGUCUGUGAAAUUACUUGAUGGUCUAACAGAAGUUUGUGAAAAGGAAUGCAAGAACCUGUUAGGGAAAGCACAGGUGCUACCAAUAUUGAAGUUUAUUCGUAAUUUCAUUGAUGAAAAUCCAUUGAUUUGUUGUUAUGAUGAAAUCUCAGCUAUAAAAAAGAUUUUGGAGCAUGACGAUGAAUUAAAAUUGAAACAGAAGUAUUCAUGUAUCAAUUUGAAGAUUAAAAAAGGAUUAUAUUAUUUCAAAGCUAAAAUUGAGGUACCAGAUAACUAUCCAGUUGCUUGCGUAAAGUUGGAAGAUGCAGAUACAAAUUUUCCACCAUUAUUUGCACGUCACUUCAUAGGCCAAGGAAAAGAAUUAGCUAGACAGUGUGUAGAACCACCACUGAACCUGAAGAAAAAAUCACAAUCUCCUUUUGUUCCAACACCGUCCUUGAAAGUUGUUAUUUCUUUUCUCAUAAAUUCUGUAAAGACUUUACCACAAGAGCAUUGUCAGUCAUGCAGACAAACAUGUCUGCCACCCAACCCAGAAAAUGCAGAGACCAACGAAACUGCAAAUAUGCAUGUAGAAAGACUUUACUGUGGACAUUUGUUUCACCUACGGUGUCUUGUGACAUUCAUGAAGACUCCUCCAUUCCAUGGGGGUAAAAAAUGUCCAACAUGUGAGCAACGUAUCUAUCAUGAAAAAUGGGGCAUGAGUGAUAAGCUUGCAGAAGAACGUUGGGCUCAUCAACAAGCUCGAGCAAGAGAACUAGCAGAGGUAGAAGAUUUCUUGACAUGAAAUCUAUCAAUUUUAUUUAAAUCAUAUCUCGACAAAUGACGUCAUUUGUUUACGGAACAAUGCAAUAUCGUGAACAAACUAUUGUUAUGGACAAUUUGACAAGAGAGGACAAAAGAUUUUUAAAAUAACAUUAUAAUCACACGUUUCGACGUUUUACGUACUCAUGACGAGUGUAUAUAGGCCAGUUAAGAGAAGGUAUUUUUAAUACCCUGAAGUUUAUUAUUAUAAUAUAUAUAAAACGGUUUAUAUUUAUAUCGCACUUUAUAAUAACGAUUUGCUUACUGUGGUGCUAAUAUUUCGGAUUACCCAGUUACUUUUUUAUUGAAUAAAUAUCAUAAAAUUUCGCCAUUGAAUUUUGUAUCUAAUUGAGAUUUAAUAACUUUUUGUAAAUCCGUAAAUUUAUAAAUUUAGAUAUUUAAUCAUUUUUAUAUUGUGUAUCUAAAUUGUAUUUCGAAAUAGCUACGAAAUUUGUUUAUUAUUAUUUGGUUAUUAUACCGAUGUCAAACGUCACGUUGGUUAAAUAUUUAUAUCUAAUUAUAUCUAAUUAAAAUAUUUGAAAGAAAAAAAAAACGGUUGAAAAAAGUGUUGAUAUAUUUAUCGUAUGUUGUACCUACCAGUUUGGUUGCCAAGUGCCUUUCUAUGUUUUACCAUUGUAGCGAGAAUACUGGAUGUUAUGUGUUGUGAAAUCCAUUUUAAUAUCUUGACGUUAAAAUCGGAUUGAAUUGAAUCGCACUACUGGAGGAAGAAAUUUUAAUGUUAAAAAUUGAUUCGUUAACAAUUAAUAACAAAAUUCAACCGUUCAAAAAACUUUCAAUUCUCACCGUGAAAGAAAAAUGGGCGCGACAUUUAACAUGUACUGAUCACAGCGCCACUCACAUCGUGCGAAAUCAAUCAAUAAAAUAUCGAUAUGUUUAGUUUUAAAAAAUUGAGAUUGGCUGUUCUUUAUUAUAUAGCAAAAGGUAAAAAAAAAAAAAAAGAAAUCAAUUUUUGAUAAUAAUAUUAAAUAGAUAUAAAAUAUAUUCUUCCUUAAUCGAAUUGUUUUUAAAAUGGAAUGUACUUACAAUUUUUUUAUUUGCGACUGUAAUAAUAAAUAUUUAUGGACGAACGAAUUUUAUGUGAAUUUUAUUACGAAUGAAAAAUGUUUUUUUACGUUAAACGAGAACAAAAUUAACGAAGAAUAAUAUUCACGUUGGUUU